AUGGGUAGACUUAUCAAGAACCACUGGGCGCGGUUGGUUGUCCUCUCCGCCGCAGCUUACCAAGUUGCCGCCGCCCUCGAGAGCUUCUUCUGGCCCAAGAUCUUUUUCGACUUCUUGACCAAGACGCUCAACCCGGCAGUGAAGCCGCUGCCGAUAUUGCAGGUCAUCAAUCUGGUCAUGGGACUGCUGCUUCUGGCGUGGGAGUGGCCGCUGGGCCUGAUCGCCGGCUCGAGCAUCCAUCGCAGCAUCGAGAUGCGCUUGGCUCUGCUCCCCCUGGCUGCUCUCGCUGCCGCGUUGAUCUACCAGGGCACCAACGCCGCGAUCUACUAUCUGGUCGGCAUGAUCGCCUACUUUUGGGCCUACAGCGAGGGAGAGAUCGUUUGUGCGAAGCCAUGGACGCUCCCACAGAGAGGAGGACGUGGCCGGGCUUAG